CUCUGGAAAGGGGUGGAUGCACUGCUCUGGGUAACCAUAGUAAUUAGAAAGCUCUUUGUGUAAUUGAUCACCAUAUGUAGGGAAAACAGAUGUCAUCUGCAGACAGAGUGCGGAUGAUGCCCCAGACACAGUUAAUACAAGUAAGAGAGCCAGAUGACUUCAAAUACUUUUCUCAACCUGUCACCACCAGUGACAUUUCAUCCUAUAAGAAUGGUGCAGCUUCCUCCUUUAGAAGACAAAGUCAAGAAAAAUGCUGAUUGUAAUAAUCUGUCCAAUAUUUUGAACCACUAUUCCAUUCCUACGAAGCAUACUGACCCUCAGUCUGAGGACCAGAAUCACAAAAUUAUAACAGAUGGCUUCACCGUCCUUGGAGAUCCACACUCAGUCACCCUGGAUAACUGUCAUAUGACCUUUCAAUAUUCUAAAGCCCAAGAAACUGAACUGCAGUUUGAGUGCAGCAAAUAUGGAGGAGAUAUAAUAAAUGAAGUAUGCAGUGGUGAUAUGCAUCAGGUUUUGGCAACCUUUGAGAAUUUAAGUAUUAAAAGCAAAGACUGUAGUUUUGACCAUCCUGAUGGUUACUUCAGCCAAAGCAAAGUAGUACAUAUGGCAGAAAAAUAUGAAUGUUCUCCUUUGGGACAUCAAGAUAGUUUCAAAGCUAAGAACUGGGGGGAAUAUUUUGCAAAGAGGAGUGGCGGCCCUAAGCUACAGUCAAAUAAAUCAGAAUCAUCAGAGGUGAAACCAGAUCCAAAUGAACGUGCAAAAAAUACUAUGAAUAUUGAACCAGGAAAUACUGGUAUGGAUUCAAGUCUGCAAAGUGAGGUUACAGAAGAACAUGCUUCAGUGAUUACUACUCCUAAUACUUUGAUGGAUCUUGAACAACCUGAAAGCAGUAUUUGUACAGCAAUCAACCUGGGAAUGAUGGAAAAUGUCACUGUGUCUGAAGCUGCUGAAAGCAAUAUUACGAAAGCAACUCCCAUUAGCCAUAUUACAAUAUCUAGCCAUGAACCAGAUCAGAACUCCCAUGUCUCUAGACACUCUGCUCAAAUAAAGAGCAUGCCAACUAACUUAAGCCACAGCUUCAAUGUAUUUGCUCAUAAAGGGAGUGAAAAAUGUAAAGUAAACAGCAACAGAAAGACCUUGGCUUUAAAGGCUAGUGUGUGUACCAAGAUGCCUCAAGAUUUUAUUCUUUGGGGCAAGAGUUCUAUCCAACACCACGCUAACAAGGUGAAGAAUCCCACUUCUCAUUCUCAAGGACUAGGAUUGUCUAAUGCAAAGGCUGGGAUUUCCUCAAAGCUUCAGAAGAAACACCUUCAGCAGGAGAAAUGCCGCUUUGGUCAAAGCAGUCAGAAACCCCCAAAGCAGAUGCUUCCAAGCAAUUCCAAACAUUUUCCUAGCUCAGGAGAAACCAUCACUCCUUUUCCUGUAAGACAAGCACAGUCUUCCGUAGACUUCGUAGACCUGAAGUACAGUGACAUGUUCAAGGAAAUAAAUUCAAGUGACAAAGGCCCUGGCAUUUAUGAAAUGUUUGGAACUCCAGCAUAUUCCAGGGAGCCUGAUGGCUGUGAAAACAGUUCCUGCAGGAACGUGCACUCUGCUCCAGCUGGGAGGCGCACUGCGAUGAAACAUAAAUAUAACCAUCCCAGUGUAAAGAAGAGUGGCAGAAUAAAAAAUGGCCAGAAGAAAACAUGUCCCAAAUCACACAAGAAUUCCCUUGGCAUUAAACAGAAGGAGAAGGUUUUGGGGCAAAGAGGGGUAUCUGGGUUAGAGGGUUGCUGUCAGAAGCAGAAGGAAAGUGUGAUUGACCCUAAAACAGAAGGGCAAAUAAAGAGUGCAGCACCAUUUCAUGAAGAUGAUGAUCAGCAGCUUCCAAUUCCUACUGAGUUUACUCUACCUGCUCAACAAAAUGAAGUCAUUCCUAAUUCAAAUUUGUCAACUAUUGAAGAAGUCUCAUUGGAUCACACUUCAGAGACUGGCGAUGCUUUCAUUAGUAAAGCAUUUGUCAUCAAUGUCCAGGAAUUACUUUGGCCGAAGGUUAAAGUUCAUGCAGAAUAUGCUCCUUUCUUAAACUAUGCAAAAGAUACAAAUGAACAUAUAAAUGCAACACAGAACAAAAGUUUAAUGCAGGCGAAAAUUGGAGCAACUGCUUGCCUUGAGGAUCUGGAUGCAAAUCAGGUUUUGUUCUGUGAUGAUAAUCAAAGGAACCCCCCUGCACUAUGUUUUCCAAACAGAGUAAACUCACCUCCUCCACGAAGCCCACAAGUUGAAAAAGUUGUCUUAUUAACCGAACCGACUUGCCUUCCUGCAAACUCUGUUUCCCAGGAAUAUCAAAACACCCUGAUCUGCAGUGAAGAAAUAACUGAAGACUCGUUUUGUUGUUCAGUAUCUGAGCUGCUCUGUCUCGAUAGCGCAGAUGGCAACCGUUCUGGAAUAGCUACAAAAAAUGCAGAUGCUGUGGCACAAAAUGGAAACACUGAGAGUAAAGGAAACAGUGCAGCAAGUGUUAGAAAUUAUAAGGAUUUUUCUCCAGAUUUCCUGGAAUCCAGUAGAGAAAAUAGAUUUCUAAAUGUGAUUACAUUUUCAGAAAACAAUGUAGCUAGUGAAGGACCUAUCCUGUGGACCAAAGGUGAAAUCCUUGGAAAAGGAGCCUAUGGCACAGUUUAUUGUGGACUUACAAGCCAAGGACAUUUAAUAGCUGUGAAACAAGUAGCACUGAGUACCUGUGACCAAAUUGGGACUGAGAAGGAAUAUCAGAAACUGCAAUACGAAGUUGAUAUUUUGAAAAACCUAACACACAUCAACAUUGUAGGGUACCUGGGAACAAGUUUAGAAGACAACAUAGUGAGUAUCUUCAUGGAAUUUGUUCCAGGUGGUUCCAUUUCAAGUAUUAUUCAUCGAUUUGGGCCAUUGCCUGAAAUAGUAUUUUGUAAAUAUACAAAACAGAUUCUACAAGGGGUUGCAUACUUGCAUGAAAACUGUGUGGUCCACAGAGAUAUUAAAGGCAACAACGUCAUGCUGAUGCCCAAUGGUGUUAUCAAGCUGAUAGACUUUGGAUGUGCAAAGCGCUUAGCCUAUGUAAGUCUGACUGAUGCCCACAGCGAACCACUUAAAUCAGUGCAUGGCACUCCUUAUUGGAUGGCACCAGAAGUGAUAAAAGAAUCUGGCUAUGGAAGAAAAUCAGACAUCUGGAGCAUUGGCUGCACUGUAUUUGAGAUGGCCACAGGAAAGCCACCACUGGCUUCCAUGGAUAGGAUAGCAGCCAUGUUUUAUAUUGGUGCUCACAGGGGAAUCAUGCCUUCCUUACCCAACCAUUGCUCGAGAAAAGCAGCAGAUUUUGUUCAUCUGUGUUUGACCAGGGACCAGUAUGAGCGACCUACUGCUCUACAGUUGCUGCAGCAUCCCUUCAUGGUUUAAAAACCUAAUUAACUUUGCAAAGGGUUCAGCAGAUGACAGAUUUCCCCCUUACUUAUUGAAAAGGUUAAAGGAAAUUUAACAUUUAAACUUUCAGUUUGAGAAUGGCUAGGCCAUAGUGUGAUUGGUAUGAAAGCUGUAAAAGAUACACAGUUGUAAAUUCCUGUUUUUCAUUUUCAAAUAUAGACAUGAUGCAAUUUCAGGACGGCAAACUUUGUAUCAAAAUGUUAUGGCUGUAGAACACUUAAUCUCAUUUUAAAAUUAAAAUCAGAUAUUUUGACAUC